AUGAACGAAAUUAUUGAUGUUGAUGAAUAUGAACAAGCACCAGAUUUUGUGUUUUAUAACGAUCCUUUUUGUUUUCGUACAACAGAAGAAAUAAUUGGUGUUGAAGAUUUUGAAGAAGGUGAAGAUGAAUUAAAAGAAUUAAAUAAAAACAAAGAAAAUUAUUUUAUUGUUGAAACUACUGGGUUUGAUAUGUUUAAUUAUGAUGGGUUACAACUAACACAAGAUAUUACAUACUUUAAAAUACAUUUUAAAGAAGCUGUGGAUUAUAUUAAAUCAAUUAUUCAAUUAGAUAUUAUUGACAUUCAAGACGUUUUUCAAAAUAUUAAUAAAAUGAUUUUUAGAGGACAUAUAACAAAUACAAUCAUUGAAUGGUCAAAGAGAAUGACUUUAUGCGCUGGAAUAUGUUAUGGUAAAAGUAAUGGAUGUGUUAUUCGGUUAUCUGAAGGAAUAUUGAAAUAUCGAAGUAUCUAUGAUGUUGUUACAACCAUUGUACAUGAAAGUAUUCAUGCAUUUUUGUUUAGAACAAAAACAAGGGAUAAUGACUCACAUGGAGUUCGGUUUCAUCAAUGGAUGACAAUUAUUAAUGAAAAAACACCGUUACAUAUUACUGUUUAUCAUACGUUUUACGAAGAAUGUAAAAAUUUACAUAAACACAUUUGGAGAUGUACUGGUCCUUGUAGAAAUAAACCACCAUUCUAUGGAUAUGUUAAAAGGUCAAUGAAUAGAGCACCAGGGCCGACAGAUAGAUGGUAUGGACAACAUAAAAAACAUUGUGAUGGUCAUUUUGUUAAAAUAGAUGGACCAGAAUUUCAUGGAGAAACAUUACCAAAAAAACCAAAAAGAAAAGAAAGAAAGUCACACAAUAAAAAAGAAGUUAAAAGUAAAGAUUUAAAAGACUUAUUUAAUGAACUUAAAAAGAAAAAACAAUAA